UAUAUACUGGGCUCUGUAAGCAUUCUAGGACAGGAGUCUUUGCCAGGGAUGUUGGCUUCUUAUUUACUAACUCUCAAAGACGCUGCAAACGUUACAAGAUAUUUCCUACGUUCAAAAGAGUGAAGGUUAAAGACAGAGGAGUUUGAUGGCUUCUCUGCGAAGAGUCAAAAUCUUGUUGGCAUUAAACCUGAUUGCAGUAGCUGGAUUUGUACUGUUUUUGGCCAAGUGCAGACCAAUCACUGUGACAGGUGGGGAAUCUUUCCAUGAGGUCCAUCCCAGGGCAGAAGUGACCAACUUUACAAGUCAUGCAAGUAGCCCGAUUCAGGAAGCCGUGCUGAAAAGACUCGCUCUUCUAGAGGACAUAGUCUACAGGCAGCUCAAUGGUUUAUCCAAAUCACUUGGUCUUAUUGAAGGUUAUGGGGGCAGAGGAAAAGGCGGGCUUCCCGCAACACUUUCUCCAGCUGAAGAAGAGAAAGCCAAAGGACCACAUGAAAAGUAUGGCUACAAUGUCUACCUUAGUGACAAGAUUUCACUGGACAGGUCUAUACCAGAUUAUAGACCCACUAAGUGCAAUACACUGACAUAUUCCAAGGAGCUGCCUCAGAUUUCAAUAAUUUUCAUCUUUGUCAAUGAAGCCCUGUCUGUGAUUCUAAGAUCAGUGCACAGUGCAGUGAACCACACACCGGUCCAUCUGUUGAAGGAGAUAAUCCUAGUGGAUGACAACAGCGAUGAAGAAGAGUUAAAGGGGCCUUUGGAAGAAUACGUUCACAAGAGAUAUCCAGGUUUAGUUAAAGUGGUCCGAAAUCAGAAAAGGGAAGGGCUGAUUCGUGCACGGCUAGAAGGCUGGAAAGUCGCUACAGGACAAGUCACUGGCUUUUUUGAUGCCCAUGUAGAAUUCACUGCUGGCUGGGCCGAACCAGUUCUUUCUCGGAUACAAGAAGACCGGAAACGGGUGAUUUUACCAUCAAUAGACAAUAUUAAGCAGGACACAUUUGAAGUGCAGAGAUAUGAAAACUCUGCACAUGGAUACAGCUGGCAGCUCUGGUGUAUGUAUAUUAGUCCACCGAAAGACUGGUGGGAUGCAGGAGAUCCAUCCUUACCAAUCAGGACACCAGCAAUGAUCGGAUGCUCUUUUGUGGUGGACAGACAAUUCUUUGGAGAAAUUGGUCUUCUAGAUCCAGGAAUGGAUGUAUAUGGGGGAGAGAAUAUUGAGCUUGGUAUUAAGGUAUGGUUAUGUGGUGGAAGCAUGGAGGUUCUUCCAUGUUCCAGGGUUGCUCACAUUGAACGUAAGCGGAAACCGUACAUUAAUAACCUGGAUUUCUACACCAAAAGAAAUGCAUUACGGGUAGCUGAAGUCUGGAUGGACGAUUACAAAUCACAUGUGUAUAUUGCAUGGAAUUUACCAAUGGAGAAUCCAGGGAUUGAUAUCGGAGAUGUAUCAGAAAGGAUUGCACUGAGAAAGAGCUUGAAAUGCAAGAAUUUCCAGUGGUACCUUGACAAUGUUUAUCCAGAAAUGAGACGCUACAAUAAUACUGUUGCAUAUGGGGAGCUCCGGAACAACAAAGCAAAAGAUGUUUGUCUAGACCAAGGCCCACCAGAAAAUCAUACAGCUAUUAUGUACCCAUGCCACGGAUGGGGGCCUCAGCUUGGAAGAUAUACAAAAGAAGGAUAUUUACAACUGGGGACUCUUGGGAGCACAAAUCUUUUGCACGAUACACGCUGUGUAGUAGAUGAUAAGAUCAGCAAAUUCCCCCAACUUACGGAUUGUGAUAAGAUGAAAAGCACGCUCCAAAAACGCUGGAGUUUUAUACAGAAUGGAGCAAUAAUGAACAGAGGCACAGGACGAUGUUUAGAAGUUGAAAGUAAAAGCAAAGGUGGCAUUGAUGUAAUCCUUCGGAGCUGUACAGGUCAAAGAUGGACAAUUAAACACAUUAUCAAAUAGGCCAAAAAAAGAGGAGACUUUGCACCUGCUGUAAUUUAAAGAGAAGUGAAACGGACAUUUCUACUUCUUUAUUGGAUAAAGAGGACGAUUCCAUUUAUUCCUUCAACAUUUCAUCAAGUCGCACGCACACCUUGAAAUUCCUUUAUUCUUCUAAAUCAGCUGAAAACUUUUCCGGAAGCAUUCGAUUUACUGACUUCCAUGGUGUUAAUUAUUGGGGAGUUUAAACGGGCCAGCACACUUAUUCAUUCUGCAUGUUUGAUGGUUAGUUAAAUGACUUCAAAUCCUUUCAGACUGGAGUAAAUGUUUUCACCAAAUCCCUGUGGAAUAAUAGCACAAGCAAAAAGCAAUUUACUCUCCUCUCCUCUGCUCUUUUUGUAAAGUUUAACAUCGUAGUGAUCGCAGAACAGAGACAUGACUUUAUGUUAGAAAAGCAAUUUAUUAGCCUCUUAAAGAAUGUCAUAUCUUAACUGUGGAGCACUAACAGUGACACCAAAAUAAAUUGCUGUUGCCAAAAUAAUGUACAGUACAACUAAUCUAUGCCACCACAAAUGCAAUCCUAUUGCAAUUACCCAAAAUGAUGUAACUUGGAAUUGUUCAGUUAUUACACACACACACAGCUCUAUACAAACACACACUCACACAUACAGGAUACUGUUAAUUAAAAUAGCAUUUUUGUUUGUGGAACAUAAUUGUCAUAAUGUAUCGAUAUUUUGCUUCCACGCUGCUGUUCAGGUUCAAAUGGCAUAACAAUAUAUUUAUUCCUGGAAAUUAAAAAAAUAAACAAGUGGUAUAAUUUAAUAGGCUGGUAACAUCAUGAACCAGACUUUUAAACUAUUUCUGUACAGUAUUGGCAGAUUAUUUAUUUUCGGCACUAUUCAAAUUUUAUUUUGAAACUACUACUAUUUUCCGAAGUGCAGACUAGGUGAACAUAGUUAUUAAUAGUACAUGAAUGCUUUCUGAUGUUUUAUGUUACUGAUCCCAAAAGAAAAUAUAUUUGCUUCAUUUUAUAUGGUUUUAUGAAUUCUGUAUGUUUCAGAGUUCUACACAAUGGCUGGUGACUUGAAGAAACAGGAACUGACCAUUAUAAAAUCCCAAGUUUGAAAAUGUUCUUACUCGUAGAUAAAGUAUCACAUUUUGGUGACUGAAGACCUUCAAUGGUCUCAUAAAAACAAUAAAGAUAACAACAAUUAA